AUGUGCCGUUCGGUGAGCCGGUGGUGGGGGCCGCUUAUACCGGCGGGCGGCGCGCCUCGCGCGGGCAGUCCUCGUCCGGCUUCCGCCCCCGCCUCCUCCGCCUCCGCCAUGUACCCGCUGGCAUCCGCGCGACAGCCCGAGGCCCGCAAGCCGGCGCGCCGCUUCCGCUGCCCGGCGCUGGCGGCGGCCGCCGUCGUCGGCUGCCUCGUGCUCGUCAGCUUCGCCGUCGUCGCCUUCACGCUGUCCCACGUCCUCGACGUCCGGCCGUUCCAGGAGGCGGCGCGCUCCACCGAGUCUGCGCUGCUGGAGGAGGCAGCCAUCGUCGCCGAGGUCGCCGGUCCCCCUCCUGGAGCCGGCAGCACCAACGGAACCCAUAGCGCAGUUCUGCGGCCCACACCUGGAAUGGAGACGCAGCAGCUGUCCUCUGCGCCAGCCAAGCGGACGAGGGAGAGUUCGGCGCCGUCUACGUCUUCAACGCCGGACCCCAUGAUCGCUGAGAGUGCCGUGGCGUCGCCUGCCACGUCAUCAGCCUCGCCAGCGGCACCGAGGCACCGAGCCAGUGACGUCCACCCGCCGUCCCUGGGCGCCCUCUUCGGCCGCGACGUCGUCUCCGGCGCUACGGCGCGACGCCUCGACCUGGGCGUCACUCUUCCCAGGCACACGCCCACGCCGGCGCCGCUGUUGACUGCAGCGCCUCCAGUGACGGAUGAGGUCGUCGACGACCAGGAGGAGGUCGAGAUAGAGUCGCCGGACUUCGAGGACCAGGAGCCGGGCGACGAGCAGGACUGGGCGGUGAUGUCCCUGCUGCGCGAGCGCGUGCCGCAGCUGCAGGGCUGGCUGGCCACGUGGGACGCGCCGGCGCUGCUCACGGACGUGCUGUCGUCGCUGCACGGCUCGCUGACCUCCGGCGACCCGGGGGUGCUGCUGUCGCGGCUGCGGCUGCUGCACGCGCAGCACGCGCCCUCGCACGCCGAGGCCAGCCGCGUCGUCGCCAACGCCUCCAGCCCCGUCUCGGCCGCGCUGCUCGCCGUCGACCUGCUGCUGCUGCGCAACCUGCUCGCCGUCGCCUGGGAGGACCAGCCCAGGGUCGCCGCGCAGCUCUUCCAGCAGCCGGACGUGUGGGCGGUGCAGACGCUGUUCGAGCCGCCGGAGCUGGUGCGCCAGGGCCCGGCUCGCGCCGCCGCCUCCGCCUCUGCGCUGGAGGCGGACGCCAACCGGACGGUGGUGCGGGAGCUGCUGGACAUGGCGGCCAGCGGGGCGCGCGCCGUCUCCACGCUGCUGGACGCCUACCGCACCGGCAACGGGCGCGCCCUCGACUGCAUGUGGGCCGCCUACUGCCACGCGCUCGACGCCUCCGCGCACCGCCUGCGCGGCCUUCCCGGCCUCAUCGCCAGGGUCAACAGCGUGGGGCUGAGGCUGAUGAUGGGCGAGUUCCCCCUGGAGCAGGCGCUACAGGCCAUGUUCGUCGAGGCGGCCACGGGGUGGUCGCACAUCGACUGUCCGGCGCUCUUCCCCAGGUGCAGUGCAGAAGCGGCUCGACAUGUCCUGAUACAAACAGCUCUGGGAGAACGGUCAUCCAGUGUCGAAGUCGAAGACGCGUCGUCAGCACAGCUCCGAAACGUGACUGAGAGCUAAACAGACUGCCGACGAGAAGACUGAAGAAAAUUUUUAAGCGGGGGAAGAACUGUGGGUGCCUGUGCAUUGUGUGCCCCGGGUGACGGGAGAAUCGAAUUUUUAUUGGGGCAGUUUGGUGGAAGUUAUUUUUCCGACAGCGGAGGUUUCCCGCUCUGAUAGUUAUAGAAUAGUCCGUCAGGGCAACGACACAUAGCAGAAACUGCCACCGCUAUAGACUGAUAAUUAUUUUACAUAUUUGGAAGAAACACAUAGCAGCGACCUGUACAAAUCAUCGACACAUGAUAUUUAUUAUUAUUUAUUAUAUAUUUAUAUUUAUAGUAGUUGGGUGAAGCUUCCUGAUUAGCUACAGGAACUAAAGAGAGUACAAACAGUGUAAUAUCAUCUUCAGUGUGGUUUUAAGCAUCUCACAAUUUAUUUAUUUCCACCUCUGACACUGGAGUGGAAAAUAACAGACGUUUAGCCAGUAUGCGAUUUAACUUGGCUGGAAGAAAGCAGAUAAGCUAAAUUUGUGAUACGUGUUGAAGGCCAACCAAAGAAUUUCUUUAACUGUUUCUUCUAAUAAAUGCACUGUGUAUUUCCCUAUCUCGUACUCUGCAUUAAACAAUAUGACACUCAUGUUAAAUUUUCAGCCGUCUUAUCUCCCUAAAAACUAGUAUCAAAGGUCUUAAACGCAUCACAAAGCCUGCUUUCACCAGUUUCGCUAUCUUUCGCCGGGUGCGCCACAAAAGGCAGCACCCGCCCUUCAUCACAAAGAAACAUAAAACGAGGGAAGAAAGAUAAUGCGAUUAUCCAGGGGUCCUGAACCGCUUUUAUGCCAUGGGAUUCCUCGUAAUUAAAAUAAGAUGAAGGCGUUACUCCCUAAUUGCUGUUUUGCUACGUUAUCAUCCGGCCACAAGCCCGCGAUGUUCAGCGCUGCGGGAGAUAUGGGAACUAAUUUUAAAACUCUUCUUUCAUGACGGCGUGGUGCACUUUACGCCUCAUUCUGCUGUAUACUUUUGUGGCACAUUGAGAUAACGCUGUACCUCUCUCUUACUGUUGAAUCAGCAUUAAG